GAAGUGUUAUCUGGACAGGCAACUAUAAACAUUGGGACCAUUGGUCAUGUAGCUAAUGGAGAGUCUACACUUGUAAAAACUAUUUCAGGAGUGCAGACUCAUAGAUCUAAGAAUGAGAUGGAUCGCUAUAUUACCAUUAAAUUGGAGCCCCUAAAGGACUCAGUCCUAGGAGCAUACAACCAAAGAGCAGACGAAAAAGCUGAAAGUAUAUUCUUAGAAGCAAUUAAAGAGUCCAAAAAAAGCACUUUGCUUUCUUCUUCGCCUACCACUCUAGAGACGCCACCAAACGAAAAAAAAAGAAGACAAGAACCAGGAGAGUAUGUUGUAGAGAAAAUUGUAGAUUUUAAAUUCCAGCUUGGUAGAGAAAUGUUUUGUAUCAAAUGGAAAGGCUUUCAUGAUAGUCAAAAUACGUGGGAACCAAUUGACAAUCUUGAUAACUGCCCUGAUAUAAUAAAUGAGUUUAUAAGAAAUGAGGAGCUCAAGCACUUUGAGAAAAUAGAGGAACUCAAGAAAGAAAUUUCAUACGAUAAUUUGCUGACUGAAAAAAAUCUUGUUAGUAGAAUUGCUGAGGUUGCUGAAGUUGAUCUACCAAAUUUGAAAACAAGCCUAUACAUCAAGUUGUUAUCAAUGAUACAGUUGACAGAAAGUGAACUUCAUGCAUCUGAUCUACUUCAGAGUGCGAGGAAUUUGCUUCAAUUGUAUGUCACAACUAGAAAAAGAUGUCGUCAACUGAUGGAACUCAAAAAAUGGGAAGAAGAUAUAAACCUAGCUGAUAUAUACAAAAAACUGAGUGUGGAAAAUGAAUUUGACCUUACUGGUCCACCGCAAAAUUUUACUUACAUAAACGAGUCCAUAGCUGGUGCUGGUGUGACCAUUCCAAAAGAUCCACCUAUUGGGUGCAAAUGUAGAACUUGCAAUUGUCGAUCAAAAUCUUGUUGUGGUAUGCAAGCAGAACGAUUUGGAUACACUGGGCUAAACAGAAUCCGCGUAACCUCAGGAAUGCCAGUAUAUGAGUGUAACAAAGCAUGUAAAUGUUCAUCCGCAUGCAACAAUCGUGUAGUUCAGAGAGGCAGAGAAGUAAAACUCACCAUAUAUAGAACGCAAAAUGAUUGUGGAUGGGGUGUCAGGGCAGAGCAGGAUAUCAAGCAGGGACAAUUCAUAUGCCAGUAUGUAGGUGAAGUUAUUACAAUGGAGGAAUCGGAAAGACGUGGACAAGAAUAUGAUGCAAGUGGAUUGACAUAUUUGUUUGAUCUCGAUUUUAAUUCGUGCGACAGUAUAUACACAAUUGAUGCUUUCAAUUUUGGAAAUGUAGCACACUUUAUAAACCACUCGUGUGAUCCCAAUACAGGAGUGUGGGCAGUAUGGGCUGAUUGUCUAGAUCCAAAUUUACCAAUGCUGGCUUUAUUUGCCAAAAGGGAUAUUCAAGCAGGGGAACAAAUAUGUUUUGAUUAUUUACAAAAAAACACAAAUAACGACGAAGUUCGCGAGAGCUCUUUGAGUUCACAGGGUACUUCUCGCCCCAUAUGUAAAUGUGGAGCAGCUGCAUGUCGGAAGUAUUUGUUCUAUUAGUAAAGUUAAGUAAAUGUGAAGAAAUUGCAUACUUCUACUCGCCAUGAUUUAACUGCAGAAAAUAUUUAUGAAAAUAAUCAAACCAAAUAAAUAAAUCAAGAAUAAAAAAUGUUAAAUGUGUAUAAAGAUAUUAUAGUUUAUAAUCAAACCAAAGACAGAAGUCCAACUUCAUAUAAAAAAGUUAUGAAGUUGAAGAAUGCGGAGACGUGCCAGUAAGGUAAUGACGCAUUUCCGUCAGGGAAAACCUUCAACAAGAUGACUGAUUUUAGCCCUCCGAAGACAUUGACGUCGAACGAUCUCAGUGUUAAGACUACAUACUUAUUUUAUAAACGUUUUCUAUAUCAUAAGAUAUAAUAUAAUGUAUAAUUAUUAAGCUAAUCGCAAAUACAACGCGCGCUGAACGCAUACUGAUAAAGUAACUGACGUAGAAUAAUAAGCUUUUUUGUAGUAUGUACUUGUAUAUUUUAUUUGUAUGUUAUAGUAAAGUGCUGUUAGGAUUUAAAAAUGGUAAAACCUCGGAAUCCAUAGCUAGUCAAUGAAUCUUUAUAUAAACUUGACUAGACUGGCCCUAGCCUUGACUAGAUUCCUAGGUGUAAACCUAACGGCACUCCACUAUUAUUAUUUGUGACAGUUCAUCAUCAUCAUCAUUAUCAGCCGAUGGACGUCCACAGUUCAUCAGCGAGUGUUAAGUAAACGCUUCGUGUCCUGUAAAGUGCUUACGACUCGUGCUGAAUUAUGCAAUUAAAACGACAGUAUUGAACCGUGUAGGUAACAUUGUAUUUAAUAAGUUCUUCACUCAUAUCGCCAUUAUGGCAUUAGAAAUAUAUACCCUCAUCUGUCAUUCAUUAGUGCUGUAAUAGUACAUUAUGAUAUAAGUGCGGUAAGUUAAAAAUUACAGCCGAGGCGAUAUUGCAGCUCGAGCCAAAGGCGAGAGCUAUAGCACAGUAUAACCAGUAGUAGGACUUCAUACUAGAGGUCGAAACGCGAGCUAUACCUACGCACCUCGAACGUGGGGUGAUCGUAGGGUGAAGACAGUCGCGACUGUGCCGCGGUGACGAACGCACGGUGUAUUGGAUUUUUAAUUAUGACGACUAGGAAAAAAAGCCUCGCAACUGGUGGGCUAUUAUUUUUAUAAAGUUUGAUCAAUAUUUUGUAUUCUAAAGGCAUAAUUUAAAAAAAUAUAUAUAUAAAUAAAUGCUUAAAUAAUAAAAUUGUGUAAAUAGGUAAAUGACGAAAACGGUAAUAUAAUAUAAUUAAAUAAUUAUUUAUUAACUUCUUCAUUUAGGUUGUUUUCUUUGAUUAUUAUGUAAUACAUAGAUUUAAAUCUUAUGACAUGUAUGUUUUGUAUACCUAUAUUUUAAUGUCAUAAAAAAGUUAAGUAAAGAAGUUGUUUGAAUUUAACAACAUCAUUGUGUUGCUCAUACUUUAAUGUAUUUGAAUAAAAAGAGAUAAAAAGAUCCGGCUGAUAUUAAUAUACCUAUCCAGAUUUUUUUAGUAAACUAGCGAACCCGGUCAAUCUCAAUUUUUUUUGUGGGUCCUUCCCUACAAGCCAAGUCUGGAUCAAUUUUUUAUCGUUUAUUCUAUUGUGUGUGCUAUUACAUAACGGAUUAAAGUGCUAACAUAAUCUACGGAACCCUACACUGCGCGUGGCCCGACACGCACUUGACCGGUUUUUAUUAUUUGGUCACCUUGGAUCACUAGAUGGCUUCAAAAUAAAUAUAUGAAGGUCCUUCAAGAUCAUUGAUCAGUAUCAGCCUUAUUUAAAUUUACCAAUCAAAAAACAACACGCAUUUUAUUGAUCACUUCCUAUUUUACUACAAUUUACAAAGUAUUUUAUUUGUUUAUUUAAAAAAAGUAUAUUUACAAUCACAAAACUAAAUGGAAACACAAAGCUGGCAAAUGUAAUUAAAAUGCUGCAGGCGGGCAGCCCUAUCACAUGUUUACGUACCGCGCGGCUGUAGGUAUUUAUUUCAAAAAUACGGCCAAGUUAUUAUACUGCUUGUUAUAUCUACUGUGGCUAUAGUAAGGAAGCAGAGGCUGUAAUUAACAAAGCGCGCGUAUGUCAUACUGCGAUUUUUAACACAUUUGCGAGGAAACACACUUUCUGAAAACGAAUUUGCAUCUUUGCCUAGUUUUCCUUAUGAUGACAUUUUGAUACGCUUGGCAUUUUUGCACAGAUAAUGAAGGGCGCACACUAGCGUUUGUUUUUUUUUUGACAAAUGCACCAAAAUUACAGUGACAUAUUGCCACAGAUAACACAAUUAUGCAACUUGAAUUCCAUCUGAAACUGAUGCAUUGGCAUGACUCGUAGAUAGUGGGUUUCCUAUAUAAAACCUUAUAUAUCUUAAUAAACUAUUAUUUUUGUACGAACUCAACAUUUUGGCAUAUUGAACCGUAUGAAGUAAAGGUAGUUACUGUAAACUGAUGAGGAGUAAACCUUAACUAUCCUUCAUGUUUGUCACCAGACCCCUAAUGACAGGAAAGUUAUAACCCAUCUAGGUGGAAAGUUCUCAUCAAUACAAAUUAAUUAAACCCAAACACAAGAUGUAAAUCAUUGAGGAGUUCCCUCGUCUGUGUUUUGACUCUUAUCAUCAGAUCGAUUCCACACUUCCAUUAAAUUGUCCUUUAACUAAAUAACGAGGUCGCUAAUGAUAGUCGCAACCCAUCUAGGUGGAAGGAUUUCAUCAAUAAAAAUUAAUCAAGCCCAAACACAAAGCAGCUACUGUAAUCCGAUUAUGGAGUUCCCUUAAACUGUCCUUUGUCUUUGUCUUUGUCACCAGACCGCUAAUGAUAGGAAAGUCACAACCCAUCUAGGUAGAAAGUUCUCAUCAAUUUAUUUAUUUAUUUAUUGUACAAAAGUGUUACAGUUAAUAAUAUGUAUCUUAAGCUAAAUCUUUACUAAUAUUAAUAAAGAUGAAUGUUUACAUGUACAAAUUACAUAUACAAAUUAUAUUUAACAGUAAAAUAGCUAAAUAGUAAGUACAUUUUUUAUUGCAAUAUAAAGAUGUGUGAAGCCUUUGAAUUAUUUGUAUGUAUGUGUAUUACUAAUACUAUGGUUAUUUUUGUUUUACGCCACCUGCUGAUGUCCUUAAGUUUUCCUAAACCGAAGGUUGCCUGGAAGAAAUCGCUACUUAGCGAUAAGGCCGCCUUUUGUAUGCUGAUCUCUUCUUAAUUUGUUUUUUAUUUCACUUGUUUUUGUCUUUGUGGUGUGCAAAUAAAGUAUAUUUAUCUUUA